AUGACCUAUGAUACUUUCAAAAUAUUCAUGACGGAAAUUCAGAAGGAGAACUUCACGGAAGAGUACUUAAAAAAGAUAUUUAAAAAAUUCUGUAUUGAAGAUAAGACCUACUGGAUUCCUGAGAACUUUAAUAAUUUCUUAUUAUCAAAAUAUUCAAGCCCGAUGUACAAUGCUGCGACAAACGAAAGUUACUUUGAUCACCCAUUGAACGAAUACUUUAUAUCAUCAUCUCAUAACACGUAUUUGAUGGGUAGACAAGUUGCGGGGGAUUCAUCAAUUGAAGGUUACAUAAAAGCUUUGCAAAGGGGGUGUAGGUGUGUUGAAGUUGAUAUCUGGGAUGGGUAUAUCGAUGGUACAGAUAAUAAUGAUAAAGCAAAUAGCGAACCUAUAGUUAGCCAUGGUAGAACAUUCACCAGUUCUAUUUCGUUGAAUAAUGUGUUCAAAACUAUAAAGAAAUAUUCCUUCAUCACCUCGCAGUUUCCUUUGAUAAUAAGCCUCGAAAUAAAUUGCUCUAUUGAUAAUCAACUUAAAGUAGUUAAAACCUUAAAGGAAGUGUUGGGAGAUACUCUAGUCACGCAACCCAUUGAUGAUAAGUUAACUUUGCCUUCUCCAUUGCAAUUGAAGCACAAAAUUUUAUUGAAAGUUAAAAAGACUAGUCCUUUCAAUGAUCUAAUUGCUAGUGAAAAUGGAAACUACGUUUCUUCUACCACUUCAACUACCACAUCGUUUAGCGAAGAUAACGGAUCUGGUGGAACUAAAAGAAGGUCUUCUUUUAGUAUUAGGAGGAGAAAAGCAAGAAAAAUUACUGAUGUGCUAAGUGAUUUGGGUGUUUACUUGCAGGGUUUGAAGUUUAGAAAUUUUUCAUUACCUGAGUCAAAAACUUUCAAUCACUGUUUUUCAUUAAGUGAAAAAUCAAUUAAUACAAUGCUUAAAGAUGAAAUUAAAUGCGCUUCAAUUGAUAAGCAUAACAGGAAAUACUUCAUGAGGGUUUAUCCAUCGAAUAUCAGAUUAAAAUCAUCAAAUUUCUUACCAAUGAAGUAUUGGUCUCACGGAGUACAAAUGGUUGCCACAAAUUGGCAGACAUAUGACUUGGGUCAGCAAAUUAAUGAAUCUUUGUUUGAAAGCACCAAUAGGAAGGGUUAUGUGCUAAAACCAGACCAACUACGAAAACCGCUAUUAAAAUCAUCAAAUAGACCCUUAAGCACAAAGCAGACAAUCACAACCAAGUUAGAAAUAGAAAUAGUUAGUGCCCAUCAACUUCCCAAACCUAAAGGAUCAGUAUCUGCUAUAAAUCCUUUUAUCAAUUUUGAUAUUACAGGAGCUAGCGAUAUUACAUGGGAUCAUGGCUCAUCCCCCUUAAGAACUUCAAUUAUCCCUGAAAAUGGAUUCAAUCCUAUAUGGAAUGAAAAAUUUAGUGGCACAAUAACUUCGUCCGAUGACUUCGUUUUUCUAAGGUUUUUAAUUAAUGCUUCUUCAUCGGUUUCAGAAGUAGAAGAAGUUCAACCUAUUGGCAUCCUAGUAUGCAAAUUAUUCGAUCUCAAGCAGGGUUAUAGAUAUCUUCCAAUAAAUGAUUUACUAGGAGAAGAGUUAAUAUACUCUACAUUGUUUGUGAAGAUCAAUUAUCGGGAAUUAUGA